GUCUUGUCAAACCAUAGCCAUGGGUUGGGAAAAUUUUCAAUUUACAAACUUAUUCAACUUAAAAAGAAUGAGAAGGGAGGUGAAGUGACUAAAUAGGCUCUAGAAAGGAAUUAGGGUUCCUGGAAUCUCUUUUAUCCACCUUCUUCUCCUCUCUUUUGGAUUUCCCUUCUCGACUGCUAGAUUUUAACCUUUUUUUUUUGUUAUCUUGUUAUCAGUAUGCUAGGUUUUCCGUGAAUCUGAAUCGAUUCGAUCUGUUAAAUUUUUCCCGAAGAACAAAAUUUUGAUAAAAGUUGACACCUUCUAUACAAUUUAGAACUGAUUACUAUGCAAGGAUUGCUGAAAUCAAAAAGGAUUUCUUGGGCUUCUGAUGGAAAUCUUUGUCAGGUUAGGCUCUUUCUUUCAGAAGAACCUCCAUCUCAAGUUGGUUUAGGUGGUCAAGAUCACCUCGAAGCAAAGAAAAGUCUAUCUGGUUCGCCUGUGAAUGGAUUAGUCGCAGAAGACAAUCUCCCACCAGGAUUUGAAGGUUUUAGUCCUGCAAAUCAAUUGAAGAACAGGUUAGCGCAGAUUCCUGUUAUCAAAUGGCGGGCCCCUCCAAAAUUUAUAUUGGAUGUUGAGUGGCAAGUUGUCAGCGGCCAAGAAAGUAAUGAGAUAGAAAUCCAAGAUCAACGAGAGUUGCGAGUGCUUGAAGCAUAUUAUCCACGACAAUCAGCAAUUCCUCCGAACCCCGCUGUUGCAUCAGACAUCAAGUGUGCUGUUCAGGACGACAAAACGGUGCCUAUAGUUCCCAUUACUCCCAUCGAGGAAGAAGACCUGUCAGAGGAUCCUUCGGAUUUUGCUGCUUCAGCAAGUGCCACCACUAGCACGAAUUCGUUGGUGUCGCAAGGGGAAGUUUCUUUAUCUCAAGGUGUUACGACAAAUUUUAGCAACGGGAUAUUGCCCGCUGUAUUACCGAGUCUCAGUCAGGAAGAUGCAUUGAAAGCUGCUCUCACUGCUGUUGCGAAGAGUCAUGAGUUGAUCGACCAUGAAUUACUUCUAAAAAUUUUCAAUAAUCCGACUAUCCUCGAACAAUUAGUUCGACAUCAAGAUUCCGGCUCUCUGUCUCAAUCGAUUUUACCAAUGCCAAUGGAGCGCCCACAGCCUAUCACUAAGCCGCAAUCAUUUUCUCCGGUUGCUCAACUUAACAUGGAAAAAGGAUCAUCAUCGUCAGCUAUGAUGUCAAAUGGGUAUUUAUACCCAUAUGCAAAUGGAACAGUUCCAAUGACCCAUCAGUCAUUAGUCUCGCCCGUUUCUGGAGUCGUCCCUCAAGUGUCCCCUGUAUCGGCUCCGGCUUCUCAUGUGAAGGACCUCAACUACUACAAGAAUUUGAUUCAGCAACAUGGAGGAGAAAAGCAAGUUGAGCCUCAACUCCCACCUCCAUUUCCAAUCCAUCCCAUCCAUCAUCACCAAGGUAUAGAUCAAGAUGUUGUAGAUAACUCAAAACCGAGGGAUGCAAAACCUAAAAUCAUGAAGCCUUGUAUUUAUUUCAAUACUCCAAAGGGUUGUCGAAAUGGAGUGAAAUGUAUUUAUCAACAUGACAUGUCGGGCCAAAAACGGGUUAGUAAUAUCUCAGAAAUGCAGAGUGCAAAGAGAAUGAAGGAGGAUAAAGAGUUUAGAGGAUCUCAAUCAUGAAUCAUUUUCGAGAAUGUUUGGCCCAUAUUCUUGCUUGCCUCUCCUCAAAAUUGUGAUUGUCGGGCAAGUGUAGCGAAAACUCAGUUUUCCGAAGAGCCAAAUGGUGGAAAAUCUGUUACCUUUCAGAUAGCUUCAUUGUGUUCUGGCAAUGUAUACCAAGUGUACUAAUUGGUACGAGAGUUUUCAACCUCAUUUUGGCUCAAAUAUUAUUUUGAUUCGGCUGAUUAUAUUUGUUUGAUUUCUAGGCGCUAACUGACCGAAUUUGAAGGUUGAAAUAAAUAGUUCAUGAGAGGUAUAAUUCGAUGCAUAUAACUUUUCUAUAUGGAACAAUUCACCUUGAAUAUAAGUACAUAGUUGCCGGUUAUAU